UCACUGACCUGCCCCUUCGCUUCUCUCUGACAGCUCCAAGCUCACUCUCCUCUCUGCAGCCAUGAUUGCCAGACAGCAAGGUGUCCGAGGCGGGUCCCGGGGCUUCAGCUGUGGCUCUGCCGUUGUAGGUGGAGGCAAGAGGGCUGCCUUCAGCUCGGUCUCCGUGUCUGGGGGUGCAGGCCGCUGCUCUUCUGGGGGCUUUGGCAGCAGGAGCCUCUACAACCUUGGAGGGAACAAGAGCAUUUCCAUGAGCGUGGCUGGGUCCCGACAAGGCACCUGCUUUGGGGGUGCUGGAGGCUUCGGCGCUGGCGGCUUUGGUGCUGGAGGCUUUGGUGCUGGUGGCUUUGGUGCUGGUUUUGGCACUGGCAGCUUUGGCGGUGGAUUUGGGGGCUCCUUCGGUGGCCGGGGUGGUUCUGGCUUCCCCGUCUGCCCUGCUGGGGGGAUCCAAGAGGUCACCAUCAACCAGAGCCUGCUGACCCCACUCCACGUGGAGAUCGACCCUGAAAUCCAGAAAGUCCGGACUGAGGAACGUGAGCAGAUCAAGAUCCUGAACAACAAGUUCGCCUCCUUCAUUGACAAGGUGCGGUUCUUAGAGCAACAGAAUAAGGUCCUGGAGACCAAAUGGAACCUCCUCCAGCAGCAAACGACCACCACGUCCAGCAAAAACCUUGAGCCCUUCUUUGAGACCUACCUCAGUGCACUCAGGCAGCAGCUGGAUGCCUUUGCCAAUGACAAAGGGCGCCUGCAGUCUGAGCUGAAGACCAUGCAGGACAGCGUAGAGGACUUCAAGACCAAGUAUGAAGAAGAGAUCAACAAACGCACAGCGGCUGAGAAUGACUUUGUGGUCCUCAAGAAGGACGUGGACGCUGCCUACAUGACCAAGGUGGAGUUGGAGGCCAAGGUGGAUGGUCUUAAUGAUGAGAUCAACUUCCUGAAGGUCCUCUACGAUGCGGAGCUGUCCCAGAUGCAGACCCAUGUCAGUGACACAUCUGUGGUCUUGUCCAUGGACAACAACCGCAACCUGGACCUGGACAGCAUCAUCGCCGAGGUCCGUGCCCAGUACGAGGAGAUCGCCCAGAAGAGCAAGGCCGAGGCUGAGGGGCUGUACCAGAUCAAGGUCCAGCAGCUCCAGAUCUCAGUUGACCAACAUGGGGACAACCUGAAGAACACCAAGAUUGAAAUCGCAGAGCUCAACAGGAUGAUCCAGAGGCUGCGGGCUGAGAUUGAGAACGUGAAGAAGCAGUGCCAGACUCUGCAGACGUCCGUGGCUGAUGCUGAGCAGCGAGGCGAGAACGCCCUCAAGGAUGCCUAUAGCAAACGCACAGAGCUGGAGGCCGCCCUGCAGCGAGCCAAGGAGGAGCUAGCACGGAUACUGCGAGACUACCAGGAGCUGAUGAGCGUGAAGCUGGCCCUGGACGUGGAGAUCGCCACCUACCGCAAGCUGCUAGAGGGCGAGGAGUGCAGAAUGUCUGGAGAAUGCCAGAGCGCUGUGAGCAUCUCCAUGGUUGGAGGUGGCUCCAGUGCUGGAGGCAUCGGCAGAGGAUUAGGAAGCUCCUCCGGGUUUGGCCUGGGUGGUGGCUUUGGCUCCGGCUCUGGAAGCGGCUUUGGAUUUGGUGGUGGUGUCUCUGGCAGUUCCAGCAGCAAGAUCAUCUCUACCACCUCCCUGACCAAGAAAUCCUACCGGUAGAGGAGACGAGGUCCUGCAGCCCCCUGAGCCCAGCCGGGCCCAACCCUGGUGUCUCUUUGCUCCCUUUGCCUGGCCUCACUACUCCCUACCCUGCGGCUUGUCUUACCAGUGCCACCUCCACUCUCCCCUGGGCUCUCUCUGCUCCAGGAUGAUCUUCUGUGCUGGGACAGGGACUCUGUCCUCUUGGAGUUUGGCAGCCUUUUCUUGAUUUGGGCCUGGAGACCCACCUGGAAUGGGAUGGGUGUCAGCUGACUUUUCACCUGCCAUAGACAGAGGAGAAAAUGACCAGGAGCUUCAUCUCCAGAAUUAUCAGGGUCACAUAUGUCCCCUCCAAUGCCAUCUCCCACCAGAUCCUGGAUGUUCAUCUAUACCAGACCAAACUCAUUGUCCAUUUCCUUGCAACUGGCCCCGCAAGGUUAGGACAAGAACCACUCAGUGCCUCAUUCUACUCUCUCAUUCCCUCUCUCCAUCUUCAGGUGAAUCUUCAAUAAAACGCUUUUGUCAUUCA